AUGGGCCGCGGCGGCGGGGACAAGGGCGCUCAUGGCGGGGCCUGCGGCCAGGGCAAGGACAAGUCGGGCUCGUUCGUGGCUUGCACGCACUGCCGUUACCGGUGGAACUUCAAGUCCAAUCACUGGUGUUACCAGUGCUGCUCGCCGCUGGUGCCGUACCCGUCGGCCGACAAGAAGCCAGCGGGCCAGUGGACGUUCGGUCCGCCAGCGGUGGCCUCGAGCCCCUUCGCGGAUGCCGCUGCUGGUGCUGCCGCGGCGCCGCCUCCUGGGAGCAAGGGCCCGCCAGUCCCGAAGCGUGGCGCCAAGGGAGGCCAGGCCAAUCGUCGGCCCUGGGUCUGGCACGGUCCUGGCUGGUACCCUCACGGGGGUGGCCCGCCCCCAGCGCCUGAGGCGGAGGCGGCUCCUGCGGCGGACCCACUCGCGGCCUUGCGAGCCGAGCUGGGGGACUGCGCCGAGCUGGAGGCCAUCGCCGCCAGGAGGGAUGCGGCCAAGACUCAGCAGCCCGAGCCCGCCCCUCGUCGACCGCCGCUGCUGGAGGAGGAGGAGUCCACCAAAGGCAUCGCGUGCAGGCGUGCGCAGGCGUGGCUGGAGACCUGCGCCGCCCGUGUCGUCGAGGGGGAGGCGUGGCUGGCCGCUGCCAAGGCCGCGGAGGACGACGCCGUUGCUGCGGCGCAUCAGGCCCAGCUUGACUGGGAGGAGGCUUGCAAGAAGCAGCUGCCGUCGCCUCCCCUUGAAGGCGAGGAGGACAAAGGCCAGGCACCCGCUGCUUCGGCCAUCAACGUCUCCACGCUCGUUGACGAGGGCACGCUGCAGAUCGUGGACGGGCCGCUCUUCAACAUGGAGGGGCUCGAGAUCGACAGCGGCGACAAGGACGAGUGGAACCGCAUCAAGGCAGAGCUCGCAGCCAGCGUCCAGGAGAAGGUGCAGCAAGCUCUUGGCCCAGCCGCUGAGCAGAUUGUCAAGCUCCGCGACGAAGCCAAGCAGCUGCACGCCAGGAUGCAGGUGUGGCUGCGCAACCCCCAGGUUCUGGUUGAAGAGGGCGAUGCGGCGCACUUCAUGGCGCUGGGUGUUGAGUACGUGGCGGAUUGGCUGGCUCACCCUGAAUUUCGCCAUUUCAUCGACGAUGCCAUCCUGAUCGCGGGGCACGACAAUGCAGAUACCGUCCAGAUGGAUCUCGCCAGGGACAUUUGCGCUGCAGCAUGGAGAGCGAAGAAGCACAUCCGCUUGAACUACCACAGUUGCCUGCAGCGCCUCGAGCUGACGGACCAUGAGGCGUGGGAGCAGGAGCUUGCACGCCACGGGGAGACCAUGGCGACUGCUAUCGAGCUCUUCGACGAGCGCCCACCGCCACCCAGGCGGCAGGCAGACACCAGCAUCGAGUUCGUUGUCGAGCCCCCCUUCUGCGGCAGGUGCCAGUGCGGAUCCGUCGUCGACGAUGUCCACGUGUGCGCCAGCUUCCUCGGCUUCUCCGAUUGCGACCUGGGCGUCGUCUUCCUUACUCCAGGGGUGCCGGCGUUCGACGAGGGGUACCACGACCCAUUCGACGACUUGGACCAGGGGCGCCAGGCCAACCCCAACAGCACGCGCCAGAAGCAGCUGGAGGCCCAGCGCCUGGCGCCGGGGCCCCCGCCCGCGGUGGGCAGGCCGGGGGCCCAGGGCUGGCCCGGGCCCGCCGGGGGCGCGCUCGUGCAGCAGGUUCGACACGGUCCAUCUGAUGGGAGACCUGGCCGGCUGCAGCACUUCCGCUUCGGUUGCGACAGGGCCAAGGGCCGCUUCUAUUACCGGUUCCACAAGCUGAUCGGUAAGUGGAACUGGCGCAAGUACACCGAGCGCUACAUGGCCCCUCGCGCGCUUGAGAACCGGCAGCGGUGGAUACCCUCUGCCAACGCCAGGUACACCGUCGCGCGGAAGGCGAAGGAGUGGCUGUGGCUUUUGCCCAAGGGCCUGGCUGCGGCCACCACGCCGGACGAGGUUCUCGAGGUCUGGAUCAGGUUUCGACACAAGCACCCGAAGAAGACAUAUCACUACUUCAAAUUCCUCAAGCGGCUCGUGGACGUGGGCGGCUGCGACGUCUCGGACUGGCGCCUCAAGUUCGCAACGUCCAGGAUGCGCAACAUCCACCGGAAGGUGCUGAACCUGCCCCGCCUGGCCAAGCUCUACGGCCAGCUGCGCGCGACUUCCGAGCUGGAGCACCUGUCGCGCUUCAUCUACAAGAUGCUGCACAAGUACGAGCCCAGCCAGCUCGUGGUCGCCGCCAGCGCCUUCGGCGAGGCGCGCCUGCAGGACAGGCGGCUCUUUAGCGAGGUGGCGCGGCUGCUGGCUCCCCGGCUGGAGACGCUGAGCCCCACCGACCUGGUCAGGCUCGCGCAGGCCUUCGCCUCCGCGGAGGUCUGCCACUACACGCUGCUGACGCAGGUCUCUGGCCAGGCGCAGGUCAGGGUACAGCAGGCCUCUGCGGGCACGGCGCCGCCCGGCUCCUGCCCGACCUUCCCCCAGCUGACCGAGUUGGCCGAGGCCUUCGCGAGGCUGAAGCUGCAGGACUACUCCUUCUUCGGGAUGUGCUCGCUGCAGGCGCGCCAGCUGCUGCUCGAGGGGCUGCCCGGGCCGACGCCGCCGGCGCUCGCCAGGCUGUGCUCGGCCUGCUCGCGCCUGAAGAUCCACGAGGUCAGGCUCUACGAGUCCGUCCUCGCGCACGUGAGCGACCACUGGUACGACUACCCAGCGGCGUCGUUGGCGUUGAUCGGGGCCGCGGUGGCGCCAACACUGCCGCAAGAGCCGCCGCCGGUGGCGGAGGUGUACGGCAAGAUGCAGGACGUGAUCGUUUCUGACGUGGACAGGCUCCAGCUGCGCGGCGUCGAGUGGGCCGCCAAGUUCAUGGCCGCCGUAGAGCCCCCGCAGGACGGCCCCUCGCGCCUCGCGCGCGCUCUCAUCAAGCGUUUCAUGAAGCUGCGCAACGAGACGAAGGAGCGCUACGACGUGGGCAGGAUGGCGGAGGUGUUUGCGCGCAGGGCGCCAGAGGAUAAGGCUCUCUUCUCGGCCCUGUGCCGCCAUGUCCACCGGCAUUUAGGCGUAUUCGAGCCGCUGGAUUUCGUGCGAUUCGCGCGAGGCUUGGCGGCCGCGGAGUACCGCGACGAGCGGGUCGUCCACGCUUUGGCGAAGUGGGCGCGCAAGCGCUCUGCGGAGUUUACGACGUACGACUGGGACCGCUUCGUGAAAUCAGUCGGGUCGAUGAGCGUGCAGUCUCGCUUGUCGCUGCUCCAGCGGCUCGGGCCGCCCUCCGGGGACACCGGGGGCCCCGACUCUGCGACCGCGGGGCCGGCCGUCGGCGCGCCCGCGUAG